ACCUCAAUCAUUCGUCGCUGAAGUUGUACGAUAUUGUCUCCAAAGUAUGGAUCGCUGGGCAGGUAAAGUGGCCGUUGUAACGGGUGCAAGUUCCGGAAUCGGUGCCGCCAUCGUAAAGUCCCUGGCCAACGCCGGUAUGGUCGUGGUUGGGCUGGCACGUCGCGUUGAACGCGUGGAGGCGUUGAGGGAUGGGCUGAAGGACCAAGCCACCAGGAAGCGUCUGCACGCGGUCAAGUGCGAUGUUUCCAAGGAGGAGGACAUUCUUCGGGCGUUUCGCUGGGUUGAGGAGAAAUUUGGUGGGGUGGACGUUCUGGUGAACAAUGCUGGAGUUCUGAGGGAUGCCAAGUUGGUCGCUCCGGGAAAUACUGGUGAUUUGCGGGAGGUGAUCGAUACCAACGUGAUGGGGCUUGUUCUGUGUAGUCGCGAGGCGUUCCAGUCAAUGAAGAAACGGUCCGUUGAUGGUCACAUCGUGCACAUCAACAGCGUGGUGGGUCAUUACAUACCGAAUCUUCCGGUGUUGAGUAUCUACCCGGCUUCAAAGUAUGCCGUUACGGCCCUUACGGAAACGAUGCGGCGAGAGUUUUUGGCAGAGGGAACCAAAAUUAAGGUCACGAGCAUCAGUCCCGGUGUGGUGAAAACGGAUAUGGUGCCAAACGAAAUGCAAAAAGACCAAGAUUUGCCAAUGCUGGAGGCUGAGGAUAUCGCGGCAGCUGUAGUGUACGCCGUUGGCACUCCACCCCGGGUACAGAUUCACGAGCUGACCAUCAGACCCGUUGGAGAAAAUUUCUAAAUUGGUUUAUUAAAAAUAUACAUAUUUCAACGUA